AUGGGUGGUUUUGCUCUUGAGGCUACUCCUUCACUACCUUCUCCCAUGGCUUCUGAUUCUGAGGAUGAGGAUGAUGAUGAUGGUGAUGACAAUGAUGCUUCGGAUGAUGAGAGGCUAGAGAUCCAACGGGGAAGUGGGGACACAUUGGAUAUGAUACGUGAGAAGAUUGAGAAAUUGCAAGAGGCUCCUCCUGCAAGACUAGCCAAACCAAUCCCAGUUCCUGUUCUUGUUUACAGUUCCAAGAAGAAGAAGAAAAGGGGUGGCCAACAACGAAGAAAGACGAUGAAACUGUACGGGAUAACGGAGACGAGAAAGAUGGCUAAUAGGGUGCAGUUUGGAGUACCUGAGGAGAGUUAUUUAGGUGCUGGAUAUGGCAUAGGAUAUGGGAUUCUUGGUCAGGCUGGUUUGAGAGGCAAACUAUGUGUACAAAAGGUUUUGUGA